AUGUAUAGCAACAGGGGCCGCGUUGAUCGCUCAUCCCCACCGACAGGACAGUUCUUGGCCAACUACAGUACCUUGGCACUUGUAUCUAAGUACACAACUCUCACAGAUGACAGUUCCACGAGCAUCCAUGCAUGUCACAACGCUCGCUAUGGGGGGAAAACAGUCCAUCAUCCAGGUUCAGCAGGUUGGACGAUCACAUGUGGAUACCGUACCUAUAGUGGACAAAAUUUGCAAUCCACCCCCUCAAGGAUCGACACGGCCAUGGAAGUAGGUACAUUCAACACUCUGUCGGUACCAGACCCUGUAAGCGUCCCUGUGCAAUCAAUACAAGCUCAUCUGGGCUGGCUAAGCAUGAAGCUAUGCACCAACCAAGACUCGAGCCACGUAGCCAAGCCCAACCGCUCUCUGCUGCCAUCCGGCGCAAGCCCAAGGGUCAUCAGCUUCUCGUCUUCUACUCUACACAUGUACACAUACUAUUCCUAG